AUUCCAUGGAAGGAAGUUUUCUACAUACUGUUUUGGAGUUUGGUAAAACAAAAGAAACUAAUUGUGAUAUAGCAUCAGAGAAAAUUGAGAACAUGUCUGUUCAAGUGAAAAUGGAACAGCCUGAUGAUCUACUACAAGUUGUUUACAGUGAGGAUGAGAAUCAGGAUAGUUCGUUCUAUAAUGUUGUGAACCUGAUAACAGAAACUGAAUUUCAAAGAGAGAUUGAAUCAGGGUCAGAAAGAACAUGUGAUAAAGAGACCAGUGUGAACAUCUGUAGUGGAAGUCAGUUUCCUGGUUAUUUUAUAAAACAAGAAAAUCACUUUACAGAAGACGUAAAAUCCGAAACUAACAAUAUUAGUGGAGAAACAAAAUUAAGUGGAAAAAACCUAAAAGUAUCUAUCGUACAUCAGUGUGAUGAUAAACUAUACAGUUGUGGAAAAACAUUUGAUAACCUAACACAACAAACGAAGACGUAUUCUGGAGAGAAACCGUAUCAUUGUGUAGUUUGUGGAAAACAGUUUGGAGACAAGGGAACUUUAAAAAACCAUGAAAGAAUACACACUGGGGAAAAACCAUAUAGUUGCACAGACUGCGGAAAACAGUUUCUACUCAAGAGUUCUUUAAAAAUACAUGAAAGAAUACACACUGGGGAGAAACCUUACAGUUGCACAGACUGUGGAAAACAGUUUCUACGUAAGAGUUCUUUAAAAAUACAUGAAAGAAUACACACUGGGGAGAAACCUUACAAAAGCUAA